UUGUGAUGUUCGAGGCGCAGCCUGACACGUCUCUUUUCCCACUCAAUCUUCUAACCACGCCUCUAAUUCACUCACACUUCAUCCCCAGGCUUCUUCCGUACAUUGGCUACGUGACGAUUGCCAUGAAUGAUUUCCCACAACUUAAAUACGCACUUCUCUGGGGCCUUGGGCUCUUGGCUGACAUACAACGGGAGUAGAAAUC